AAAAUAUUAAUGUUAAUCUAGAGGCACAAGAGUUACAAGAACCACUUCAAAAUAAUAAUGUUACACAAGAGUUACAAGAACCACUUCAAAAUAAUAAUGUUAAUCUAGAGGCACAAGAGUUACAAGAACCACUUCAAAAUAAUAAUAUUAAUCUAGAGGCACAAGAGUUACAAGAACCACUUCAAAAUAAUAGUAUUGAAUCUUCAAUAUUAACAAAUGCUACUAGAUACCAAUAUAAACUUUAUCUCAUCGACAACACUUACCUUCAAUUUAUCAACAACAAUGCUUACCUUCAAUCCAUCAACAACAACAUUUACUUUCAAUCCAUUAAUAACGCUUACUUUCAAUCUAUUAACAACAAUGCUCAUUCUCAAUUCAUCAACAACAAUGCUCAUCAUCAAUUUAUCAACAACAACAUUCAUCUUCAAUUCAUCAACAACAAUACUCAUCUUCAAUCUAUCAACAACAAUGCUCAUCUUUUAUUCAUCGACAACGCUCACCUUCAAUUGAGUCAAUUGAACCUAAUAACUAUAUUGAAUAAAUCUUCAGAAGAUGAAUAUCUUAACCCUGUAAUUUCUAAAGAACUAUUACAUUCUUUUUUAAAUGUGCUAAAUACAAAUAAUAUUAAUUCUCAUUCGUCUA